GUCACUAUAUCCCCAGAUUUCGGCCAAUCCCAGCCACUUGGCCAUCUUAGACAGACAGGGAAACAGCAUCCCUUCCUGGAGUAACAUUGCCAGAAAUCUGAAAAAUUAUCACGUUUACAGAAAUGGAGAUGGACCGGGUGAGUCGAGGUGUCCAAAGAGACAUUGAAGACAAGAAUGUAUCGUUAGAUAAAAACGAUAAAGACGUCUUAGAUGAAAGUGACGAUGACGAACCUAUCGAUCUGACGAUGGAGUGUAUUAAAGAGGAACCGAUAUCGGAAACGGCACGGAGCACAGGUGAGCGAUACAGGCGAAGGAAAGUGUGUGAGUUUCAAACUUCUAACCAAAAGUGUGUCGUCAGUGAGGAGACCAAGCGGAGAACAGCCAACAUCCAGGAACGUCAUCGUAUGCAGAGAAUGAGCUCGGCACUUCAAAACCUCAAAGACUGUCUUCCUGACGAGUUCAAAUUAUACAACAAGAAAUUAUCUAAGAUCCGCACACUACGGGUAGCCAUUGGGUAUAUUCGAGCUUUGGAAUCAAUGUUAAAGUCAGCCCCGACACCUGUAAAACAGGAGCAGCUUCCUAUAGGGACCACGGGGGUCCCCGGACCUAAUGCAGCGUACCUAGCAGCCCUUGGAACCUGUACCCCACUAGCCUACCCGACUCCCGGAACAAAUGACGUCAUGGAAGCUAUGUACCCCAAUCCUAUCAGGUAUACACCCUACUUUCCUGGUUCGCCAUAUUGGCUGACAGAGGGUCUACAAUCCCCGGCUACCCGGAUGCUGGCUCUUCCAUCAUGUUGCGAAACACCUAUCUUCCCUACUCCAGAUGAGACUCCGGGGCCUGCCACACCCAAGUUCACACCCAUUUACAGCAAACUCCCGGUUCAUAAAUCGGACGCUGGAUCACAUCGUCUGUCCCAUGUUGCUAAGAGACUUGUCCGUUCGUCCGUAUACACUUCUCCAUUCGGGGACGGACGCAACACUAAUGAACUGAAUACCAGUUUUCUGAGUGCCGGGAGUGAGGAAGUGGCGGAGUCGGAUGAAGUUGCUGGACGGGAUCGUUUUUCCGGUGAUUGCUGUUUCGCCAUGGAGGGUGUGUACCCACUUCCCCCAGACGAUAUCACACCCGACCAUCACCAAACCGGAUACACCAGACGUUGAAUAGUGGAAGCUGGAGAUGUACGUCUGGCCAGCUGAUCGGAGAGCAGAAUCAUCCGAAACUCAUUGUUUGCGACCAGAAGUAGACUCUUUCCUUCAGGAACCAGUGGACUUCACUGAGAGGACAGUGCUACUAAAUGUCAGAUUUCCUUGUUUAAAGUCUUUUAUGUAAAUAAAAUGUAUGUAA